AGAUGGCUGAAGAGAAUAUCAAAUACAGAGCUAACCAUGUAAAAGCAAAACAAUGUAAAGAAAAUCAUAAAUAAAUUGAGUUGGAACUAAUGCACUUACAAAACAUGCAAUAAGGAAGUAUAAUAUUCAAAGGUUUCAAGUGGCCUGCAGUUAGAAACCUGCCCUGUAGCAAGAUCUAAACUCUUAUGCUUAUUUUCCUGUCCAUGAGUAUUCACUUUAAGGUAGGUGGUUGGCACAGAGGAAGUAUCUUGUUCUGAUUACUUCUAAUUCAAGUCUCCGAGUAGUUAAGACAUUAAUGUGCAAAUUGAUUUAGAUUGUUUCGAGUAGUAACCAAGAAUUUUCUUUUUUACUUUCAUAGGAACAUUUAAUCAUGUUCAAUGGAUUGACAAUCAUCAUCAUUCUCCAGUUUAAUUAUUUAUUGACCAUCUCUUCUGUUAUCAGAUGAUUUUAAUGAGUGGACUUAGUCAAAAUGCUCUGGCAGAGCUGUCAUCUGAUAGAAACUAUGAUCGCAUACCACAUUUUUGCAAUAUGCUCCGAUUUGCAGUUCUUAAAAAGAACAAUUCUAUGAUGGCAAUUGGAGGUCCUUGGGACCCUGUUGAUGGUGGGGAUCCAUCAACUGAUGAUUCCUCUUUAAUUCGCACGGCUCUGAGAUAUGCAAAGGAUGUGGUGGAUCUUGAUUUGAAAAAAUGCCAGCAUUGGAACCGUUUCCUUGAGGUAAUCUAUCUUAAUUCUCCUUUAUUUUUUAUAGUUGCUUUAAACCUGUGAGUCUGAGAUUAGGAU